GCAAAGCGUCAGUAUCAAUGGAGUGAUCCGAGGAUGGGUCCCAUUCAGAAAUCUCAGAACACCUCUGCCCCGGAUUCCUUCCUUCAGCUGCGUGGUUCAAGCGCCCUGUGGUUCAUGCGGGCGGCCCCAGCCUUGAAGCUUUUCCGGCUCACGAGCCUUCGUUGUGACAUGCACUUUGGCAGCAAAGAGUCGAGGGCCCUGAAGGGCCUGGAGUUGUUCUUUUGGGGCUAUAGGACGGCAGAAGCUACCUCCGCCAAAGGUGCGGGGAAGACCACCAUGGUGCAGCACAUCCUGAAGAAUCGCGAAGGGCUCAAGGUCGGGGUGGUGGUUAAUGAUGUUGCGGAAGUGAACAUCGAUUCAGAGGUUUUGAAGUUUGAAGAUGCGGACGGCAUUGUUGGGCUGCAAAAUGGCUGCGCCUGCUGCUCUGGAAGGGCAGAUCUGUUCGCACGACUGCAAGAGCUGGUGGAGAGCAGUGGCAUCACCAAAGUGGAGAAACCUUGGGACAGGUUAGUCGUGGAAUGCUCUGGCGUCGCGGAGCCUGAGAGCAUUGCUGCGGAACUCGAGGACAGGGGAAGAAAUGGUGAUGCACUGAUGAAGAGACUUUUCCUGGCUGGCAUUAUCUGUGUGGUCGAUGCUUCCGCCUUCUGGGAGAUGUACAACUCAGGCGACCAGGGUGAUACAGAGCGCAAACCCUUGUCAGCAUUGCUGGUGAGCCAACUGGAGUCUUCUGACACUGUCAUCAUCAACAAGACGGACUUGGUGAGCAGUGAAGAAUUGACCAGAGUCUCGGAACUGCUGAAGGCAUUGAGUCCCAAUGCCCGCCAAUUUCAGGCCACACGUGGGCAACUCCCCUUGAGGACACUGUUGCCUGCAGAGCCCAUCGACCUCGAAAUGCCGGCGUAUGUCCCCACCUUGCCCAAUCGACACAGUGCAGCAGUGCGUAGUGCUGAAGGAAGCCAUGCGUCCAAUGGCCACCAUCAUGAUCAUGCGCACAAUGGGGAGGAGUGUAGCACCUGCACCGGUGCCCGCCAUGAACGCUUUGGCAUCUCCAGUUUCGUGUACCGUUGCCACGAUCGCAGCUUCCACCCAGAGAGGUUGGCGACGAUUAUUCGAAGAUUACCAGUGGUGAGUGCCAGCAUUGGCUUUGUAGAUCCUCAGGUAAGUGAGCCCAUUGAUGAUCCGCUCUUUGCUGGCGUUCUACGAUCAAAAGGUUUUGUUCGCAGCCUUGGUUCUGAUCGAAGCUUCUACUGGUCUUGGGAGAUCCUCCAAUCAGGGUUUGGAGACAGCUGCAGACUUUGCCGCAGGCACGCGGGGCGACGGGUGGAGGUCUUCCCAGCCUCGGCGUCUUCCAAGGGACAGGAAGUGGUCUUCAUCGGCACCAAUCUCGAUCGAGCCAAAAUCACUGCAGCCUUGGAUGCCUCCCUGGCUACCGACGCCGAAGCCGCCAAGUUGUGA